AUGAGGGUCUCGGUGGUGGUCUCAAUUUUUGCUCUCCUGACUUCGCCUUUCGCAUUGGCCUCGUCUGACCUCGCAUACUGUGCCACAUCCAACACAGGAUCAUCCUUUUCAGCGGUUUCCGACACAUAUCAAUCCAAUGGACUAUGUGAAAAGACGUGCGCCAACUACGCCUUAGGUGUACUUCAAGGUAAAAAGUGCUGGUGUACGAACGUCGCUCCCGCGAAGAGCUCGCAGCAGGACACAUCUGACUGUGAUACUGGAUGCCCCGGAUAUCCCUCGGACAGCUGUGGGAGUGCUUCCCAAGGAGUGUUCGCCUACGUGUCUAUCACUGGUAACGAUGUGACCAGCACAGCUGGCGGUUCAACAAGCUCGACAAGCACAACCUCUUCAACAACCUCGGAGAGUACAAGUGUUGGGCCUGAAACAGUCACAGUGACUGCUUCGGGUCUUGCAACUUCGGCUACACAUACUUCAACGACAACUUCCUCGAGUUCGGAAACCACCCACACCACCGCCAGCGUGGCCUACACGACGGACACCGGCGGCGAAGUGAAGACAAUCACCGUUUCAGGUUCAAGCUCAACCGCUGGCGCUGAUUCUGCCUCAGCCAACACCGGCGAUGCCACCAGUUCCAAAUUGAGUGGAGGGUCUAUCGCAGGAAUCGUGAUUGGUGUUCUGGGUGGAAUUGCUCUGGUCGGAGCCCUGAUCUUCUUGAUUUUCUUCUACCGCAAGCGCGCCCGUGCUGUCAGCCCUAUUCCCAGCCAAGACAUGGCCGACAACAGAACCAGUCGAGGAUCGAGCUUCAUGCGAGGAUUCUUCCCACAAGGCGAAGGUGCUGGCGGGCCUAUUCCUACACGCUCGGGAACCACCUUCACCGACAAUCGUAUGAAGACCAACACGGUUCUCUACCCGAACGGUGCACGGGAAAGUAGUGUUUCACUGCAAGAUAACGAAGACUACUCGCGUCCCGUUCUUCGACUCACCAACCCCGAUUAA